GAAGUGGACCCUUUGGAUGCACCGUCGGUGUCUGUUAUAGAAGAGCCCGUCCAGCCGCGAGGGACGUUUGCCCCUCUCCCUGCAAUAAAGGCCUCUCCCAAAAUGGUGCCUACUGUAAUUUCUCCUCCCGGGGCUCCAGAAAAUGCUGCGCCUCCUUCCCUAGCUCCACGCUUCAGAUGGGCAUUUCGAGUUCGUUGGAAGAAAAAAAAUAAAUCGGCGCAUCUCCCCACAGGGGAACAGGAUUCGCUGCGAAUAGGGUCGGAUGAGCCUGUUGCUGAACCUUCGAAGUCACCGUUCUCCAGUGCUUCCCCAGAUACCACCUCCCCUUCACUUCCGGGCCCCUCUAAGUCAUCAUUCCAAAUGCCUCCCCACCCUCCGUCUCACCAGGACUUCACCUCCCCACUCACAUCACCCGCCCCCGUUAUCAGUCGAAUGCUCUUGCGUUAGGUGGCGAAGCUCCUGGGUGGGGCAGCGUAGCGUCGCCACCACCCUAUCCACUCCCUGGAGCGCGAAUUGAUUUUGGCCGGCCUGCUCAGCCAACGCCAGAUGACGACGACGACGACAAGCCAUUGGCGGCUACUUUAGAGAGCAAGUUGGCGAUCAAGACAGAACA